AUUCGAACACUCAAUAUUCUCUCUCUCUCUCUCUCUCUCUCUCUCUCUCUCUCUCUCUCAAGAAUAACCGUCUUAUCUGUUUCUCUAACUACUAUGCGACAGUGGCCGUGACUUCGUCGUCCAGAACAAGAUCCGACAUGCACAAGCAUCGCAAAUCGCAGCCGUUCUUUUCCUCUUCGUCAUCGGGCUUCGCGUCGUCCACCUCCUCGAGCUUCUCCUCCGGGUCGUCGACGUUCUUCUCGCGCUCCGCCUCCCCCACGCGCAUCUCCAUGUACGCCCACUCUCCUUCCCCGCCGUCAUCGUCGUCGUCCGUACGAUUCGCGAACCGCCCCGGCUCUCCCGGCCGUUCGAUUUCCGUGAAGAAUCAAUUACCCACCAGGAAGAACAAUAACAGCAACAGCGGCGACGGCAAGAGAACGUGCCUGUGUUCCCCUACGACGCACCCUGGCUCGUUCCGGUGCGCCCUGCACAAGAACUCGCCACGUGCCGGCCAAAGUUCGUCGUAUCACUCGAGUAUCAGCCUGAACUACAGAAGGUCGGCGAUGAAAAAUUCGCUGGUUCGAAUCGGAGGAGUGGAAGGCGAUUUAGUGAAGAGGGCUUUGUCGGCUCUGAUCAGGCCGUCGUCGCACAGCCAGCGCCGCCGGGUCGAUUUUCAGCCCAAGCCGAGCCGGCUCUCCGCAAUGUCCAAAGCCUCCGACGACGACGUUUAAGUCCUGAAUGGUUCUUGGAAUAUUGUUUGUAUAUUGAUUGUUUUGAUGCUGGGAAGUUAGGGUUUAAUGGAGCAGUUUGGACAUAGGAGCGAGCUAACCGGUGAGUUGAGGUUGACUGAUCAGGAGUCGUUCAUCAGUUUUUUUUUUUUUUUUUUUGUAAAGGAUGCUCGCAUGGUGAUAGUGCUGUAGAAUCUUGGAUGAAGAAAUAUUUUUAUUUUUCUUCGGAUUAGGGGUUUAUCAGAUUCUUCUUUUUUUUUGGAUUUCAUUUGUAAAUUUGAUUUCAUUUGUGAAAAGGUUUUUUUUGC